UUUAUCUCAACCGUCGGAUGGAGAAGUAGUAGUCGUCAUUCUCCAACUACUCCACCAACCAAAUCAUCUUCAUCCUCCCCAAGCUUCUCGCCGACGCCUCCGCCCUAGCCCGUCAGCUCGUCGGCCUCCCUCCCCGACCCGCCGCCGUCGAACAAUCGAGCAGGUGAUUUGCGCGCCGGCGAGUUCCUCUAUGGCGACGGCGUUCAAGGCGUUCGUGAACAGCCCCGUCGGCCCCAAGACCACCCACUUCUGGGGCCCUGUCGCUAACUGGGGCUUCGUCCUCGCGGGUUUGGUUGAUUUGAACAAGCCACCUGAAAUGAUAUCUGGCAAUAUGACAGCAGCCAUGUGUGUGUAUUCUGGACUUUUUAUGAGGUUUGCAUGGAUGGUACAGCCGCGCAACUACUUGCUUCUGGCAUGCCAUGCCUCCAACGAAACUGUUCAGCUCUAUCAUUUGUCUCGAUGUGCUAAGGCUCAGGGGUACAUAGGGAAAAAAGAGCCAGAGGCUCAACAGUAAAGAAGCCCCAGAAUGCUGCAGACACUCAAUCAAUAAGGAUUAUUUCUUUCUGAAGAUUGAUAAUGCUCAAUCUGUGAUCAUGCAUUUUUCUCUGUACUGCAUAAAGAGUACGCAAAAUGGAAACCUCUAUAAAACCUAUGUACCGAGCAUCACAAUUUCUUGUUCCUUAAUUCUGAUGCUUUGCUACGCAUCUAUCAAAAAACAUGACAUUUUCUCAGUGAACAUAGCUGGGUUACAAGAUCCCUUCCAGUUUAUUGAGCCGGCCACUGUUGUUUCAUUUUA